GUGUCAAACCGCGCAGAAGGGCGAGCCGCGCCACUAAAGAGGGGUUCCCCUUACCGACAGAGUCAAAGAGCGCACAGGCUGCCAGAGGCGUUUCCCAGCUCAGAGCAGCCAGCGGAGACCCGGGGAGGAUCUGGAGACUCCGUGGGAACUCCGUGGGAACUCUCUCACAGUGAAAUGACCAGAUUUGGAGGCUGAGCCGAAGCGGAGUUUCGGUUCUCGUCGCUGCGCCUCUACGGCCAGAUCUCAAAUGCCUAAAGAGUGCCGGAGAAAGUCCUCCAAGGACUUCGGGUUUUCUGGGACUGGGAUAAGCGAUGGAGGCCGUGUAGAGAGAAGGACGACCGGGAGGUCUCCACAGGUCUGCGCGGAGCACAUCCAGAAAGCCGCAAGCGUCGCCGCGCCGCCCGCCGCGCCGGCGCUCAUGGAUGCGCCCCCGGUGCCGCAGGUCACCAUCACUUCGGAUGCAGGCGGCGCCUCCAGGGAGAUCCAGGAGGAAGACCUGGAUGCGGCUGUGGACGGAACCCUGCGCAGGAAGCUGUCCAACUCGUCCAUCUCCUCCACCGGAUCCUCGGCGGUGGAGUCUGAGGAUGAUCUGCUGAGCGACACCGAGACCCAGAGCAAAGGCCUGGUCACUCUGGAGCACCUGGUGUUAGCAGAGGUGAGCGAGAGUAAAGCUUGGAAGAAGCUGAAGACGUACAUCCGCUGGCCCUUGCAAGCUUCCCAAAAGAAGAAAGUAAACUGGGUCCAGCUAGCUGGGCAUAAGGGAAACUUCAAAGCUGCAGAAGAGGGCACCAUUCUGAAAAAGCUAUCAGAGAACGAGAAGAAGUGUUUCGAGGAUCUACAAAAUGACGCCCUGGCCCAGUUUGUGCCGCGCUACCAAGGAAUCGUGGAAAACGACGGCGAGUUCUUUGUGCAGAUGACCGACCUGCUGGCUGGCUUCAACCAGCCAAACGUGAUGGACUGCAAAAUGGGAGUGAGGACGUACCUGGAGGAGGAGCUCGUCCGGGCGAGAGAGCGGCCCAAGCUUCGGGAGGACCUGUACAAGAAGAUGAUAGAGGUGGACAGGGACGGUCCAACUUCUCAGGAGCAUAACCAGGGCGGCAUCACCAAAUCUUGCUACAUGCAGUGGAGGGACAGCAUGAGCUCCACCAACACGCUGGGCUUCAGGAUAGAAGGCAUCAAGAAAUACGACGGCACGUGUCGAACCGACUUCAAGAAAACCAGAUCGAAGCAGGACAUCAUCAAAGUGUUCAGGGAAUUUGUCGAAGAGGACGUCAGCAUUAUUAAGUCUUACCUGAAGAGGGUGAGGGAGAUCCGGGACGCGCUGCAAAAAUCCGAUUUCUUCAAGAAACACGAGGUCAUCGGCAGCUCUCUCCUCUUCAUCCAUGUCUGCGGCCGAGCCGAUGUCUGGAUGAUUGACUUUGGGAAGACUUCAGCUCUGCCUGAAGGUCACACUUUACGGCACAACGUUCCCUGGCAGGAAGGCAACCGAGAGGACGGAUACCUGUGGGGUUUGGAAAACCUCAUCCUCACGCUGGAGGCUGCGUGCGACGAAGGGAGGGGAGAGGAAAACAACAGCCUGACUACAGACCGGGACUUUUAAAGGUGGAGGGAACAAUUUUAAACGGAUUCCGCUAAACGACUCUUUGGGUUUGGGGUUUGCGUUCCUUGAUUUGCUUCACGUUUGCACGUGACGUCACGGUCUUCAGAAAUCCGCCAUGAUGAGCGUCAAACGACAUACACGCUCCAAACAGACUUCUGGGGGUCUAAUGUCGCUUUUAUCGAGUUGAUUAAACUUUAAAGUGGUCGCUGUUGGUUGUACAGGCAAGCGUGGAAACCUAACUUGCCAUUUUAUUUAUAACUUUUGACGAGGGACAUCGCAGCGGCGAUGAGUAGCCCUUAGGUUAAUUUUUUACCUCGUAAAAAGAUCAACGUUCAUAUACUUUAUAAGUAAAUAUGGUUAGAAAGGUGACAAACAACGUCGCAUUAUGGAGAACGUACGGGUCUAAAUAUUGGUAACCAUGGAAACAGUGCCGCGCCGACAUGUAGCCUAGCAUGUAUGGGUUAGCAUCUCGUCUUUUGUUCGCCUUUCAGGCUUCUUCUGUGUAAAGGGAAAUGCCGUUCAUGACGUAGUGACAUAAAUCAUGCGGUGUGACGUCAGGCAAAGAGUUUAAUUUGAUCAACACGUCAAAGGAAGGAGGCGUAAGUCGGUUUCUAAGCUCGCUGUUAGUUUGGCGUUACGUAAGCACGCGUUACGCCUGGUUACGUAAGCAGGCACGCCAAACCGACAAAUUAGCCUUCUUUUUUACGCUUAUCGUAAAAAAGAAGACAAAUUAGCCUUCUGUCUUAUGUUUGCCACAAGAAAGAAGGAUAAUUAGCGUCACUCGAACAAGUAGAAGCCAUGAAUAAACUGACAAAAACAAUCUAGUCGCUCUGUUCAAAUCGCCCAUCUCUCACUCCCGACGUCCAUCAUGGCGGUCCAAAUAAUUUAGUGACGCAGUCGCAAACGGUCAUGUAACGGUUGGGCUGCGACACCGAGAGAAACAGAACAGAAGGAAGCAGAAAUGUUCUUUAAAAAAUAAGUUAACUAUUGGUCCAAUACACUGACACUAAUUCAUCAUCCUGUGAAGUGAAAGCUCGGAGUUCCUGCUUUCAUUUUAACGGGAUGAAAGGGAGAAAAUCCAGACGAGAAGCGGAGGAAAACGUUCGCCACCGCAAAAGCCUUACGCGGAACAUGAACUACUGACAGACCUCACAGUUACUACAGCAUUACAGCACAGGGAGGCGCUGUGGAGCUCAUCGGUUGUCUUUUCUAACUAUGUUUGCAUUUAAUUCAGUUUGUAGUAAGACUCCAUCACUGGAUACAUCACCACACGCUGCAGCACAUGGUUCAUUUAACAAAUUAAUCAUAAAAAAGUAUAUAACUGUUGUGGAAAUAAAAUAAAUCAGUAUAUAUAUAUUAGAAAUGAAAAUUGA